AUGGGGAGUAGGAUUAAGGAAGACGAGCGGAUCGAAAAGGCUAUCCGGAGUUUAUUGAAGCUUCCGGAGAAUCGAAGAUGCAUCAAUUGCAACAGUCUGGGUCCUCAAUAUGUCUGCUCAACUUUCUGGACUUUUGUUUGCAUAAACUGCAGCGGAAUCCAUCGAGAAUUUACACAUCGUGUGAAAUCUGUAUCAAUGGCCAAGUUCACAUCAGAAGAAGUUACCGCACUUCGUGCAGGAGGAAACGAGCGAGCAAGACAAAUUUAUUUUAAAGAAUGGGAUAAUAAACGUGAUGCUUACCCCGAUUCCAGUAAUAUUUUCAAGAUUAGAGAUUUUAUCAAGAGUGUUUAUGUGGAGAAAAGAUACAGUAGUGAGAGCAAUGACAAAAUCUCACCGCAGAAACCGGUUGUUAUAGAAGAAUACAGAGAAAGUAGGAAGGCUGGUACGAGUUUCUUCGGAUCUAGAAGUUUACGCUCUUUGGAUAAAUCUGCAGUUGAAAGACCAAGUGGUGUUGGGAGUGGAAAUGAAACUCUCAAGUUUUAUUUUGAGGACAAGAAACAUAAUCAACAACAUGUUAUGCAUAAUCCAAAAUCUAGAGGUUUACCGAAAAGUCCUAUCCGGUUUGAGAUUGUUGAUGAUAGGUUUAGAGAUGAUGGAGGUGUUAAAAGAUAUGAUGCACGUAGAGAGUCAAGAGGAAGCUCUAAAUCACUUGACCUCUCAAAUAACAAGGACACACCGAGUUUUCCCAUCGUACGCCAUGCCAGCGAAGUUUUAGGCGACAAUGCUCCUCGUUUGCGCGUAGAAAAUGUCGUAAAAGAUGAAAAGAAGAAGGAUAAACUGGAGACUCGUGUAAAUUUGAUUGAUGAUGUACCAGUUUCAGAACCUUGUGAUGAUAAAAUCAGACAGACUUCAAGUGAACCUCUAAAGACAACUGAAAAUCCAGCUCCUAAUUCCUUGGAAGCUUUGUUGUUUGGACUCUCUGUUCCUUCUGAUGUCCCCGGAACAAACAACUAUGAACUAUGGAGCAAAAGCGAUAAUAUUUCUUCUCCUGCAGCUAACCUUGGGACUCAGACAAUGCCAAGAACACCGGACAGUGUUACCUCUAUUAUUGUCUCAUCACCUACAAUUGCACAUGCUCAAUCUCCUCAUGCCGGUUACUCGAGUCCGGCAUUUCCUGUUUCUGCUGAUAACUUAAAUACAAAAGAGCUGGCUACACCAAGUGUAACUGCAAACAACCAGUUGGCGUUAUCUACUUCACCUAAGGGACUAUCAGAUACUUCUAUGGAACAGUCAACUCUAGAUAUCUCAGAUUCUGCACAUGGAGUUGGAUCUGAGCAUCAUCAAAAUGAAACAAAAUCUAGCGUAAGAAGUGCGCUUCCUGAGGACCUUUUCACUGGAGGCUUCUCAUUUGCUUCUCCACAAAUGCAUGGUCAACAACAUCAUGGCAUGGGAUAUGGCAUGCAAUAUUUCCAAUAUCCUGUGAAUACAGGAGCCUUUGCAUAUACUGCAAAAACAUCAAAUCCCUUUGAUCUUAGCUGUGAUGAUACAGGUCCAAACCAAGCAUCACAAUUUCCUUCUAUGGGAUACGUACAAGGAGGAGGUUUGCCUCAAGUGUCAGUUCCAGGAGGAGCGUUUUCAGAUUCUUCAAGUCCAGCUCCGGAUUCCGUUGUAGUGAUGGCCUCUCAAUCGCCAUUUUAUACAAGCGCUUUAUCUCCAAACUCUCCAUCUCCUGGUGAGACAGAAUUGCAAGAGAUGAAUGGCCUCGGUAGUGCUGAAAACACUUACAAUGCGGCACACGCAUUUCAUCAAGCACCAAAUAAUGGUUAUCCUUGUGCAAACCCAAAUGCUUAUAUUUCAAGAGGAAACCCAUUUGAUUGA